AUGCAGGGCCUAACCGACCGUCAGCGCCAAAUACUCGACUUCAUUACGCAUCGCAUCCAGGAGCAGGGCUAUCCGCCCACCAUCCGGGAGAUCGGUGAGGAGAUGGGGAUCAAGUCCACCAACGGGGUGAACGAUCACCUGAAGGCCCUGGAGCGAAAGGGCUACCUCAUGCCGGUCGAAAACAACGUGCAUCCGAUCGGUCCCAUCGGGGACAUGGUCUCGGUUCCCUUGCUCGGUCGUGUUGCCGCCGGUUCGCCGAUUCUCGCCGAAGAGAACGUGCAAGAAAACCUGCAUAUCGACAGCUUCUUCUUGGGUGCUUCUCGCAGCCAAAAAGUUUUCGCACUGAGAGUGAGCGGCGAUUCGAUGAUCGAAGCCGGCAUCUUCGACGGCGACUACAUCUUUGUGCGCAAGGCCCUCGAAGCCAAACCGCACGACAUCGUGGUGGCGAUGAUCGACGGCGAAGCCACGGUGAAGACCUACUUGCCUAAGGGCGACACGGUGUACCUGAUUCCCGAAAACUCCUCGAUGGAGCCGAUUCGCGUGCGCAAGUCAGAUUUCAGAAGCACAUCGAUUCUCGGGAUUGUUUGCGGCGUUUACCGCAAAAUGUAA